AUGACCGUAGUCAACUCUGAGAAGUCGAAAAUCAGGGACGAAACGCCAUCAACUCAAUUUAGUCACCACAUGGAAACUGUCCCACGUGUGAGGAUCUUGGCACAAAUCCUUCACUUCAAGCAAAAGGAACAACACCUACGACCCAUCUCCUCAAAAGAAAGAGCUGUUUACUACGCGCAAAUUAUUGUGGAGGCAAAGGCUCUUUAUUCCUCGUUGCAAGAAUACGCCUUUGACGCGCUUAAAAGACCAAAAGGUCGUGCAUACACAUCAGAUCCUCACAUCGCACAACUGAAUCUCCUGCGGGAAAACUUGGAUCAGGAAACUAGGGGAAGAAUGGUGAUGGUGGCUUAUCUAAGCCUAGAUUGUGAAAGAUGGGUGGUGGUUCUGGUUCGGGGUGGCUCCUCACUCCGCUCAGCACGCUCUAUAUUUCCCAGACUGCUCAUUUCCACCCUGAGACCGUAUGAGGGCAUAUUAUGUAUCAUAGCUGGAAUUAGUCUAGCUUACCGCCUCGCUUGCACCACUCUAGCUGCAUACGUAUUUGCGAAGCGCCGAAGAUACUCUCAACGUACCUACUACAACUUCUCACCUAACGCGGAACAUAACUGGGAGAACGUUAAAAGGAUGAAAGUUACCCCUGCCAUGUUUCCCUUUUGGCUAUUUCAAUAUCUCCAAGAUGGAUCCAAAACCCCUCCAAACCCUUUCUUGCCAUUAAACUCCACGCUCGCUGCUUUUGAUACAAAAAAUUCCUACAAAACAAGUUCAAGUCCAAAAUCCUAA